CGACCAUCAGCUCGACCAGGAAUUGCUGUAUUUACAAAACAACAAAGCACUACGCAGCAGUGACGAUAUUGGUCCGAAAGUUUUAUAUAUUUUAUACUUGUAUUUUAUUAAUGUUUAUAUAGAUCAAGAUGAUUUCUAUUGUUUACGGUGGUGAGGUUUUGGAAGUUGCAGCUGGUAGUGAGUUUGCGUAUAAUAUACCGCUGGCAAUCCAGCGUUGGACGGGUCUACAACCAUCGGAUUACUAUUGCACCCAGCAUGGACGACGUGUUGCAUCGCCCGAUAGUGACAGCAUCCUUCCGGAUGUUCCCCUUCGUGUAUGGGAACGGCUAGCGGGCGGUAAAGGUGGUUUCGGAUCGAUGCUGCGAGCCAUCGGUGCACAGAUUGAGAAAACAACCAACCGGGAGGCCUGCCGGGAUCUUAGCGGACGCCGACUGCGUGACAUUAACGAGGAGAAACGGCUGAAAGCGUACCUGGAGAAGCAACAGGAAUCAGGCGAAGGGAACGAGAGGGUGAAGGCGGAGCGGAAGAUAUCGAAGCUGCUUUCCAAACCGAAGCACGAAUUUCACGACAAGGAGUAUGAACACGCACGGAGUGAGUUAGUUGUAGCGGCUGACGAAGCGAUACAGGAGGGUAUGCACAAGGCAAUAGCGCUCGAGAUGGAACAGACCGAGCCGGAACCCGUACCAAGCGCAACUACAAGUGACAAAGAAGCGACAACUUCAAAGCCUAUGGAACCGACACGUAAACGAAAGCUUCCCGAUGUCAACACUAAAUUGCACGUGAAGAAAAGUGCUGCAAAUAUGUGGUUGAGUCCGGAUGGUUUGAGCUCUUCCAGCGAUACGGACGAUGAUAGCGACAGUGAAGAAAACGGGGCGAUUGUUGAGUCAAAUUUUGUUGCGAUUGUUACGAAACGUGCAUAAUUAACGGACCGUACUGAAGAAAUACAAUUGAAAAUGUAUUUUAAUCAUAAGAAAUAAAGUGUAAACAAACGAACACUGCAUAAUUAACGGACCGUAGUGAAGAAAUCUGCUUCUUUUCAUAAAAAUGCAUAAAAUUGAAAAUAUAUUCUAAUCAUAUGAAAUAAAGUGUUAACAAACGAA